CAACAUACAUUAUCUAACGGUAAUCUAAGAAUAGAUUUUAUUGUUGAUGCAUACGAUGCUAAAAUAAACAUUGAAAAAUAUUGUUGGAAAUAAAAUUUGACAUUGACAAACUAAACUUCCGUUGUCGAAACAAACAUCGAAACGCACACAAAAGGUAUAAAUAGACGACUAAUUGAUGUUCAUUUUGUCUAUUGUCGAUUAACAAUUGUGAUUACACGACCAUAUAAACGAAUUAUGUUUCGAACAAAAUUGCUGUUUAUCGUUUUGAAUCUAUUGGCCAUUGGCCAUUAUAGUGAACAACUUGAUUGUAUGAAUAAUGGCAACAAUGAUAAUGAAGAUGAAUGCAUGAAAAGGUAUAAAAUUUCAUCACAUAUCCAAACAAAUGACCAAUCAAAUCAAAAUAACAAUCAUAACAUGAUACGAAUGCGAAUCAGAAAGAAAUUGAAAAAUUAUGGCCAAUCAUUGAAUUAUAUCGACGUAAAUUAUUCGGAUCUAAACGUAAUGUCAAUCGAAAUUUUCAGACACAAGGAUGGUAAAUCAAGCUAUGAAUAUCAACAAUCAAUCAUCAUUUGAAA